CUAACCCUUACCGUUACGAGUCAUAAUAUCCUUUGUCUAAAACCCUACACCCUAAUCCUUUCACCUCUUUUGUGUUUGUUUGUAAUAUUAUUACAACAAACAACUAGCAAAUACAUCAUUUCUUCUUCUUUUUUUCAGUGAAGAAGAAAAUCCCAAUGAAUGUUACUCGUUCUACUUUGAUGCUCCUCCAUCUUCAAAACUCACCAAUUCGUUACAAAUUCUUCUUCUCUCACUUCAACAAUGCUCUUCGCAAUCCAACCUCGUCUUCUUCUCUAUUCAAUCUCAAACCAACGCGGUUCUUUUCUCUAUGCCAGACGCAGACACGACCCUUUUGUGUAAGUGCCGUUUCAUCCGAAGAUUCUAAAGGCCGAAACACUUUCUUUGCUGAAGAUAACGUUGCUUGGAGUUCACUUGGUCUUUCUGACACCCUUUCUCGUGCUCUCUCUAAUAUUGGUCUUAAAACACCCUCUCUUGUUCAGGCGUCUUCCAUUCCAUCUGUGUUGUCAGGGAAGGAUGUGAUUAUUGCUGCGGAGACUGGAAGUGGUAAGACUUAUAGUUAUCUACUUCCUCUCAUUGAUAAGCUGAGGGACACACAGGAACAGUCUUUAGAUGCCGUGUCUGAUAAAGAAGUCUCUCCGCCGGGCAGAAAAGUUCUGCUUGUGCUUUGUCCGAAUGUGCAAUUGUGUGAGCAGGUAGUUAGGAUGGCUAAUAGUCUCUGUAGAGACGAUAGCAAAACCAUAGUUCGUGCCGUAGCCAUUUGUGGCCGACAGGGAUGGCCGAUUCGGGAACCUGAUAUCAUUGUGACGACACCUGCUGCUCUUCUCAAUCAUGUUGACAUUGAUAAAACCCGCUGCAUGGAAUUUAUGCAUGGUGUUAAAUAUGUGGUGUUUGAUGAAGCUGACAUGCUUCUUUGUGGGAGCUUCCAGAAUAAAGUAAUCUGCCUGAUAAACUUGCUCCGCUAUGAUGAAAAACUCUUGUCUCAAUCAAAAACAUCAGUUGCAGAGUUGCCACUGAAACUGGAAUCUCCUUUAUCAUCACAUGAUAAUGCUCUGGAAGCUGAUGCUUUGGAAGGUGAAGAGGAAUUUCCAACUGAAGCCUCCUCAGGCGAAGAGGAUGAUGAUAACAAGGACAUUGCCAGCAUUAAUAAAGAAGCUGAAUCUGCCAAGCAAAGAAGAAGAGAGUGGAGGAGAGCAAGGAAAAUUUUUGAGCGUAGUAAACAAUAUGUUUUUGUUGCAGCUACACUUCCGGUAAAUGGAAAGAAAACAGCUGGAGCAUUAUUGAAACACAUGUUUCCUGAUGCUGAGUGGGUUAGUGGAAACUAUCUUCAUUGUCACAAUCCAAGAUUGAAGCAAAGAUGGAUAGAAGUGACUGUUGAUUCACAGGUGGGGGAACUCGUAAGGGCUGUGAAGCACAGUUUAAAAUCUGAAGAUUUGGAUGAUGCUGGCGGCAUUCAUAGAACAAUGGUGUUUGCCAACACUGUUGAGGCGGUCGAAGCUGUGGCAAAGAUUUUGUACCAUGCUGGGAUUGAAUCUUUACGUUAUCAUAAGAAUUGCACAUUGGAAGAGAGAGCACAGACCUUAGUUGAUUUCCACGAGAAAGGUGGUGUUCUUGUAUGUACUGAUGCAGCUGCUCGUGGUGUGGAUAUUCCAAAUGUCUUGCAUGUUAUUCAGGCAGAUUUUGCAACUUCUGCUGUAGAUUUUUUGCAUAGGAUUGGUCGUACAGCUAGAGCUGGUCAAAUCGGACUAGUUACUAGCAUGUAUACCGAGUCCAACAGAGAGCUUGUACAAGCAGUUCGUCAAGCAGAGGAACUUGGUCAACCUGUGGAGACCGCAUUUAGCCGGAAAAGAAGCUUCCGUAACAAGAUAAAAAAGAGAGCAAGUGCUAACAAAGUCAGAGAUUCUGCAACCAUGGAAGAGAGUUUUCAUGCAUGAGAACACAAGGUUUUGGGACGCCACUAUCUAAAGCAGCUAGCACCAGUGACACUGAAAAUGACACAGGUGAAAAAUAUAUUGAAUAUUAGCAUUUCACGGCGAUUAUGUAAUUAACGCGAAUUGGUCAAUGCAAACAUAAGUUAUAGAUAUCCUUUUUCUCUAGGGUUGAAUUGAUCAAUGCGAACAUAAGUUAUAGAUAUCCUUCUUCUCUAGGAUUUUGAAUAGUAAUGUCUUAUUUGGAUUUACAUUUUCCCUCAUCUUUUCAAGUAGUAGAAUGUGCUCAUUUGUGUGCAUGUAAAUGUGCACCGACAAAUGUUUCUAGGAAAGUUGCUGAUGAUUUUGUUCUUUCUUUGCUCUUCCUCAUGUAAAUUACGAGAAGUUUGAAUUGUUCUUUAUUUUAUCUCUUACGGCCUUCGUCUCUAA